GAAGGCAGCAGCAGCGUUUGCCGAACUCGUGCUGAGCCGAAGAGCCUUCACUGACUGACUACAACAAUGAGUGUGAGCGAGCAUGUCCGGCUAGUUUGAAUUGAAGUUUUACUUCAGUUAAACUGCCCCCCUAACAUUCUUUACAUGUGCUCAUUGGAGGUUUUCCGAAGCACUGUGUUAAAUGGAGCUGGAGGACCAAUGGUGGAAAGGACAGCUCGCUGCAGACAUUUACCAGGCGCUCCGGUACAAAGAGCUCAAGUUGCCUUCCUACAAAGGUCAGUCCCCCCAGCUCAACCUAAGAAGAUACUUUGCAGACCUCAUAGCCAUUGUCAGCAACCGCUUCAGGCUGUGUCCUGCAGCCAGACACCUGGCCGUCUACCUGCUCGACCUCUUCAUGGACCGCUAUGAUGUGACGCUGCAGCAGCUUCACAUGGUCUCACUGUCAUGUCUUCUGUUGGCCAGUAAAUUUGAGGAAAGGGAGGACCGGGUGCCCAAGCUGGAGACCCUGAACAGCCUGGGCUGCAUGAGCUCCAUGAACCUGGUCCUGACCAAGCAGGGGUUACUUCACAUGGAGCUGCUCCUGCUGGAGACCUUCCAGUGGAACCUGUAUCUCCCUACAGCCGCUCAUUUCAUAGAGUACUACCUGUCCAUCGCUGUCCAUGAGGGAGACCUCCAUGAUGGCUGGCCUAUGACCUGCCUGGAGAAGACCAAAGUGUACAUGGCCAAGUAUGCUGACUACUUCCUGGAGGUUUCCUUACAAGAUCACGUGUUUUUGUGCUUUGCCCCCUCACUGGUGGCGGCUGCCUGUGUGGCCACCUCCCGCCUCAUCCUCCGUCUGUCCCCUACAUGGCCACCCCGACUGCAGUGCCUGGCCGGAUACACAUGGGAGAACCUGGUCCCAUGCGCCGAGAAACUACUCAUUGCACAUGACAGUGACGUCAAAGAGGCCAACAAGCAGAAGUGCCAGCAGCCCGGUCAGCAGCAGCAGCAGCAGCAGGGCCAGGCGGUGUACCACAGUUCAGGCCAGACAGCCACUGUGGCUCAGUACCUGCACCGGCCCGGCAUGCAGUACGCGCAGCAGGCUACACAGCCGGGCCUGGCUCCUAACCUCAGGCCUGCCUCCUACCUCAGCCACUCCACCGGCAGCCUGCAGGCUCCUAACGGCCCCCAGAACGGCACCACCCAGGCCAUCACUACCUCACUGGAUCCAAAGUCCAGCAUCCCCAACAGGGCUUACCAAGUCAGCAUGCACUACACCUGCGCCGCUCCGUGUUUUGACAGAUGAUGGAUCCUCAGGGUUUAGUCUUUUUUUUUCCGGGCAGUGAGCAAUGUACAGAGAGUGCAGUGAAGGGAACGGGAGUGAUUUUAAUUGCAAGACACCUGAUGAGAUCGGUACAGCACUUUUAAUGAUAAGGUGUGUGCACAUGUGCAAUAUGCAUACUCUGCUGUAAUUUUCUGUGGAUAGUCUGCAGUAGGAUUUUCUUUAGUUGAAGAUAUCGAGUAUGAAUGUUGUUGAGAGGUUUUCUAGAGGCAGAGUUUGCACCUCUGUAAACACUAGUGUUGCUGUAUAAUUUAGCUACAGACCAAAACGCUAAGUACUGACUUCAGCCACAUUACCUCAGAAGUAUUGAAUGUACAAGUGCCUGGUGCCUGUAGCCUUUAUGAGUAUUACUGUGCUAUGUUAAUGAUGGUUACAAAAAAAAGGGACUUUGUGGUUGAGAUAAGAGCACAGUUUAUAUUGGUUUUCAUUUUUUUUGGUUUUGUUUUUUGUUUCUUGAAUGAAUGUCAUUUGUAAAACUAGUAAAAAAGAAAAGAAAAUGCUCCUCUAGAUGUCACGAUUUAUUUGCAGAGAGAGGUUGUUGCUCUUCUGUGCACAGAGGAUUUCAGUCAGUGCUGUGCACUUCUACAGUGAUAGUUUUAAAUAAAAGAGAAAAAAAAUCUGUUAGUUGAGCUGAGAUUUUUGUCUUUUUUCUUUGAUGUCAUGUUAUUGCUUUAUUAAAAUCCUAAGACAUGGGUGAUUGUGAACAA